UUAACUACAGAAACGGACUGCUUGCAAAACACUAUGAGAGCUGGUUGCAUGCUCUGGGGUCGCUCCUGGCCUCUGUGGACCUCCAUUCUUCUGCUACUGGGGGAAUCCUGUGGCUUUGCUUCACAUUCCCUGAACUUCCACCAGGUCAUCUGGGACUUUGGCCAAGGGAUUCCCACAUUCCAGAUUUCUGGAUAUAUAGAUAACGAGCCCUGGGGCCAGUAUGAAAGCAUCACCCAGAGGGUCUUGCCAAGGGGCCCCUGGAUAAAAAAGGCAGAGGAGGACGACCCUACCUUUUGGGAGUGGAACACCGAGAGGGCAACAGGCAUUGAGAAGAAGUUCAGAGGGGACUUGUUGCUGAGGAAACACAUCAUCCAGAGUGACCGCUUUCUCAUCUGGCAGGAGAGUUCUGGCUGUGGACAGGGCGAGAAUGGGAGCAGCAGAGCCUUUGCCCGGUAUGGCUACAACGGGAGGGAUUUCCUCAGCUUGGACUUAAAGACCCUCACCUGGAUAGUGGCCUAUGAGGCUGCUGAAGUGAUCAAGAAGGAGUGGGAGGUGGACACGGCAUAUUCCCAGGCUAAGAAGGCCAGACUAGAAAGCAACUGCUUUCCGUGGUUGCAGAAACUCCUGAAAUACAAGGAAGAAGCGUUGCAGAAAGUGUCCCCAGCAGUGAAGAUAUCUUUUAAGAGGCAUGAGGAUGGCCUAAAGACCCUCACCUGUCAUGCCCAUGGCUUCUACCCCAAGGAGAUCGAUGCCACCUGGAGGAAGGAUGGAAAAUUCUUGGAGCAGAACUUCAGUGGGGUUGUCAGUCCCAACUCAGAUGGGACCUUCUACACUUGCAUCAGCAUCAACGUUGACCCCAAGGACGGGGGCAGCUACCAAUGCCAUGUGCAACAUGCCAGCCUUACGGAGCCGCUCGUCACAUCCUGGCAGAAGCUGAACUCACCAGUGAACCUGGUCGGAGUCAUCCUUGGGGUUGUGGCUUCUGUACUCGUUCUGGCCGGCACCAUAUUUUUCGUCAGGAAAUGCCAGGCCGGCUGCAAAGCACCCUCAAGUGUGUGACUUCCUUCUGGACCAAAUUCUCUGACAGCAAGUGACUAAGCACCGCACUCAGAUUGUUCAGGCAGGAAUCCAAGCAAGGUGAUCCAAUCCCAAUUUGCAAGAUGUCUGCACCUGGUGGAUCCUACUGGGGAAGAAGCACAAGUUCCUCAGGUUGCAAGCCUCCUCAGGCUUGCAGUGGAAGCACACCUGGAAGCAAGUCUCUGCCCUCUGAGUUCAAGUGGAAGCACCUGGACCUUGUGCUCCUCCAUUGCAGGCAGCAGCUAGUCCCGGAGAUGACAAAUCAUGCCUGGUCCUUCUCAGUCAUGCUUCAUUGCAAUGAGUCCAUAACAUAAGUAUCCGGAAGUGGUGGAAGUGGUGCCUUGGACUACCAGUUAGAGAUUGCUAUUAUUACAUCACUGUUACAUUCUGUCUUUCUUCCUCUUGCAAGGGACUUGGGGUGGCGUCCUCUCCAUUUUAGCCUCACAACAACAUCCUUGUGAGGUAGGUGAGGGUCAGUGACUAUCCCAAGGCCACCCAGCAGGUUUCAUGGCUGUAUAGGGCCAAGAACCUGGAUGUUUCAUUUGGGGGUGUCUGGGCUCAUCACAAGAUCCAAGUGGAUUAAGGAUCAUGGAAAGCCCUAGAGGUCCCUUCAAGGAAGUGAGGAACCUGGCCAGAGAUGGGUGGGUGGGUCACGAUGUGGAAGGAGGGGAACUGGCCAAAAAUUUCCCAAGAAAGAGCCAAAUGUGAAGCCAAAAAUGACUGAGUGUUUGUUGUUAUUCCAUAGCAUGUGAUCAAGUAACACAAUUGAUUUACCAUAUAAUCAGUGUAUACACCAAUAGAUGAGUAUUAGAGGAUAAAGGCCAUGGGUUUCUCUGUAUGAGUUUUCUUGAGGUGGCUGAGAAUGGUUAGUGGUUGGACUGUUCAUGCCAGAGCUCAAUUGCAGCAGGAGGAGCUGAAGCACAGAGAUCAAGUGUUCAAACCUGUGCUGGUCAAAUGACAAACAAGGUUGGGAAGGCCUCCAAUAACCAGCAAAAGGGGUGAAACUAGAAUGGAAGAAUGGAAGUAAGCCAUGGCAGUGAAUAACCUGCCCCUGUGGUGCAGAAGUGCUUGGGAGCUGUACUAAAGUGGGAGUCGAAUGAACCUACGUGUGUCCUAAUGGAAUCUCAUUGGAAGUCCAAAUCAUGUCAAAGUUGCUCAUGAAAAAUGUUCAUAUGGUUCUAUGCAGUAGUCCACAUUUCCUUUCUGUUAGCUUGUGUGUGUGUGUGUGUGGGGGGGUACAUGUU